AUGUCCACACACGAGCGUUCCAUUCCCGGCCUUUCCGCCCUCUCCCCCAUCGUAAACCCCGAACAAUGCUACAGCGCCCUCUCCUUCUGCCUCCCCACCUCCCUCGCCUUCGCCAAACGCCUAACCUGGGAGCAAACCCCAUGGAUCCCCCACACAUUCAACUACAAAUCCGUGAACCCAAUCGAUGAAGCCGACGCCCAUCGCAUCGCCACCUACCUGUCCCUCCAUGGCCACUCAGUCACGGCUCGAGACGUGCAAUGCGCGUUGCUGUUCGGAAGCACAACACCCAGUCAAAACAAGAUGACAGAGGGAAUAGGAUCGUGUCCGCAUCUCUUCGUUAUCUUCCCUCAUGCUACAAUGGUACCCUCUAUUGAUCCAGAAUUCCUCAAAGUCUGGCACGACGACAUAGUGAAACCGGCGUUUGACACCGCGUGGAAAGACUCCGGUCUCGCACUCGUGUCCGGGGCGUCGCUCGACACACCCACACGCGUUUUACCUCCCACUGGCAUCCGUACGUCGCGCGACGCCUUUCCCGCUUCCGGAUUCCUUGAGCGCCUACGUCACGCGAAGAGCGGCGCUGUGCGAGACUACUGGCCUAGCUGGAAAGACGACUCGUGGUACCUUGGUCUCGAAGGCAAACACACUGGUAAACGGACUACAAUUUACGAUGCUGCUUGGGAUGCUAUAAAGGGCAUGUUGAAGGAUCAUCCGCAGUUAUCUUCGUACCAGCAUCCUAUGUACCAGGAGCCCAUCUUACUGGCGGUGUCAAGGGGAGUGGUGCAUGUGAACCCGAGGCUGAGCACGAAAGACAAGUACAGGUAUGUGGCGCAGGAGUGGGAUCGGCUUGUUGAUUCGCGGUUCGUGAAACAAGGGAGUUUUCAGGCGGUUUUCGAGACGGUGGUGGGGAAUACGCCGGAGCCGGAGGAGUAUUCCGAAGGAGAGGAGAUGUUGAUGGACGAGGAGCUGCUGGAUGAGGAUGAGGUUAAGAAGAUCAGGGAGAAAGAGGAGGUGUUGAAGAGAGAAGAGAAACUGGCAAAUGAAAAGAUGGAGGCGGAUGAGCCGGUCGUGACAGUGGGGCCGGUGGAGACGACUUUGGCUGUGGAAGGAAACAGCGAAGGCAUCAAGAGGAAGGAAGACUUCACAAUACCUACGAGUGAGGACGAGUAUCGCAAUAAGCGGAGGAGGAGGGAAUAG